CCCUCCUCCUGCCCCUCCCCCCGCGCACCACUCCCUGUCACAUCCGAAGAGGUGCAUCCUGAGGCUGGCGGUCGAGCAGUCGAUCAGUUCAUCCCUCUGUUUGUUGGUGGUCGGUUCCUUGUCGAGGACGCUCGUUGCUGACGUGUUGUUUUUCUCCGGCUCUCCACAGUUCCGUUUCGACCUUCCAGACGUACUUCCAAAACCUAUGGAAGCAGCUCCAAAACCCCGGUACCUUCUUCGCCGGCCUCGCGCAGUCAGUCAACCCCCAGCAGGCCCGCAACAUCUCCAGGACACAAAUGGCGGCCGGCGGCGUGCUGCUGGCCGAGUGCCUCGGCUUCUUCACCGUCGGCGAGAUGAUCGGCAGGUUCAAGCUCAUUGGCUACCACGGCGAGAACCCCGCCGCUCACCACUGAGCUAGCUAGCUAGCUUGGCUGGUGUCUGACGGGGAUGGGAUGGAGAGAGUUCAGGGGAGGAGGGGUUGGAUUAGAGCCGCGCCUUACCCCCGCGUCUAUGCCGGGGUCACCGCUGUUUCUACUCGAUCACUGGCAAGCCAGGGAGGCGCAACGGGGGACAAGCGAGGAAAGAGGGGGAUUCUGUGUUGUUUUACACGUCACGGGGGGGAAUAGACUUGGUGGCGUAUCGGGGGAGAGUGCCACUGAUCCUAGAUACGCGGGCACAUUCGGUACCAUUACGCCUCGCUCCGCAACGGGAGAGCCGCCCGGCCGCGCGGUUCAUCCAGGCCAAGGGACGCUCCCGAUGGGUAAGGGUUUCACCAUCCUUCACCUUGGCCAGGUGAGGGUAGAGUGGGGGGAGGGGGCUGUCUCAUACGGGAGGGAGGGUAAAGCCAAAAAGGGGGUUGAAAAGGUACCUCACCCCCCUUUCCUUUUCCCACCUCCCUUGUAUGUACACCUAAUUUUUUUUGCCCUCCUGUCUGCGGCAGCCGAGGGGGAGCCUUGCGCCUUUUUCAUUUGUUCGUCCUGUACCACCAAAGUCUAUUGCAUCAAGCCAAUCAAAACCAAAUUACCCGAUCCCUCCCACCUCCCCCCAUCCCGCCUCUUGCCAAUCAUGACUGCCGUCACAUUCCCGCGCCUGGUGGCCCUCUUGUGAGACAUCGCCAGGCCAGCCUCUAGCCAUUCUAGCCUCUGCUUUCUCUCUCUCGGACAGGACAGAACAGCACUUCGUUUUUCGGAUACCCUUGCCGAGCCUGGCUGGCUGGCUCCUCACUCACUCGAACCAGCCAACCGGGUGAAUGAGUGGUCGAGUGAGUCGGGCCCGAAACUCCGGGGCGGCAUGUCAGCAGUCGCUUCCACUGUCAUGCAGGAGACAGGAGGCAGGCUCGGUUGCCGGUGUGACUUGUGUGUGUGUGUGUGUGGGUGGGUAUGUGGGUGGCCUUUUCUGGGUUGCGAGUUCCUCCCGUCGGGAGAGAUCGACGGCAGGACGCGACCUGACAUGAUCUAACUCGGCCCGGGGGGGGGGGGGGGGUGGG